AACAGGAAGUGUCUAUAGUUAGUCUUGUAGCUCAAAAUUACAUUUACGGUUCCGUCAAGGAUUUGUAGAGUUAAUUGCAUUUGAUAUACCAAGGUCUCUAGACAAAAGUCAACCAUUGUUACUUACAAUUUCAGUCGGAUACAUGUAGCCAGCCAGUCAGCCAGAGAUUAGUGCGACACAAGCGCAGAACCUACAAAAGGGGUCGAUUGACUGCGCGAUUAUGAUGAGUGCAACAGCCAUUUGUACUUACUAGCGUGGUAUCUUACGAGUGGUUUAGAGUGAUAAAAUACCUAGCAUCUGGUUGUAACAUAUUCACGUUGGGUGAAGAUGACAUUACAAGUGGGUUGCCUAUCAUUCAGGCAGCCGUACGCGGGGUUAGUACUUAAUGGUGUAAAAAGUAUUGAGACACGUUGGCGCCCCUUGUUGUCCGCAAUGGAAAACUGCACUCUAGCUAUUCAUAUUGCGCAGAAGGACUGGGAGGGCGACCAGUGGAGAGACAUGCUCACCAAUACACUUGGAAUGAGCCAUAUGCAAAUAGAGGAGCUUCUGGCUUCAGGUGACAGAUUCGGCCGUGGAGUCGUGGCAGGCUUGGUGGAGGUGGGGGAGACUUGGUGCUGCUCUGACAAUGUGCCAGAGGAGGAUCUGAGGGAGCUGGAGAAGGCAGCAGUGCUCACUGGGCUCACAGAGAAACACCUCACACAGCUGUCAAACCCACGCUGGCUCAAGGAACCCCUUUAUGCCAGAGGUCACAAAGACAUUUGGACAGUGGACAUCCCAGUACAAUUACUGCCAUCUGCGUAGAGUAGUUGUAAAAUAAUGUAUACUAACACGUUUCUAGAGAUGACACACGAGCUUUAAGGUGGAAUAAAUUACCAAUGGACUGCAUUGUGAAUGUGAUUGUAUAUCCUGCAUGUCUAAAACUCUUAUAUUGACCCCAUAACUUUGUUGCAAUAGGCAUUUAUUAUUCAUUUAAAUCUGUCUGCAGGGAGAAUGGGAGGUAGGGCAAUCAUUAGAGCUCUGUGAGGUGAAGCCCUGGGGGUAAAAGAGGGUGGGGGUGCCAUUCCUGCCAUCAUUAGUUGUAGACUGAAGGUGGUCAUGUGGGUCUGGUGCUGGGCUUGACAAGAUGCUUGGGAAUUCCUCUGAAUCUGCAACUCCCCAGAUAUCUCUUUGAGGACAGAGAUCAGCUUGGGUAGUAAGCCCGUGCUGCGGCUGCUGGAGCUGCUGCUGUCAUCACUCCGCUCAGCCUCCUGGGCUGGAGUGCAGACGUCUGGGGCCAACGACAUGGCUGACGUGCUUAGGAGUGGAGCUCUGCAGUUCAGCCUAGUCAGAGUUGUGUUGCCUGUGUCUGCCAAGCUUGGGCUAUGCUGGUGGCCAGCGCUGUUCUUGUUGCUGUUACCCAACUUCUCCCUCCUGUGCCAAGCCUCGUGCAUUUGAGCAGCACACAUCUCUUCAUUUGGGGUAGGAGAUGUUUGAGUCCUUGGCAGAAAUUGGGAUUGGAGUAGUAUUGCAACGGCAAGGUAAAAAAAUCAGUGUCAUUAAAUUAAGUCACAUGUCAAAAUGUAGGCCUCAGAAACCACCACAACACCAUUUGAUAUUCAUAACAACGGUGCCUUUGACGUGCAUGCUUUGUAUUCCUCAGCAAUAAAGGUGCUUAGAGAAAGUCGAUCUCUCGAUACCAGGGAAAGUUAUUUUAAAGCCAUAGAUGUUGAGUUGGUGCAUAAAACUCUUCAAGACAGUCGUUUGAAAGAUUUUGGGUGGUUCAGUGCGUUUCAGCACCUCCGACGUGAACAGCUACUCGUCUAUCACUAUGUACAUUCCGGUCUGGUCCCAUUUGAUAUGAUUCUAUAAUAUCGCUCUCUACGAUGGUCCACAUUCUUUUGGGUAAUGAAAUGUAGUACAAGUUGGCAUCCACCGGUGCAUUUUGAGUCUGAGCAGUGUCUUUCUGUGGUUUCUUGGAAAUGGUUUUCUGAGCAAGAAUCUGGAAUGCGACUUUUUGUCCUUGACUCCAGAGCGCAUACCAAUACAGAGUGAGUCGAGGACGCGGUCUUUGGUAACUGAAAUGUCACACAUACUUUUAUUAUAUUUUUUAUAUGCAACGUAGACAUCUAAUGAUAAGAUGCUAAUUCUACUCCGA